GCAGUUAGGAGCAUUUUAGUAGCGUUCAGUAGCGUUUUUUUCUGCCGGAAAAACGCACACAGAAACUUAUUGGAUAGAACUGUGCCCCAUUGUUGGUGUCAUUGGGAGAAAUUAUACCCCAUCAUUGGUGUCAAUGGGAGGAAUUGCGCCCCAUCAUUGGUGUCAUUGGGAGGAAUUGGUCCCAAUUGUUGGUGUCAUUGGAUAGAACUGUGCCCUUUCAUUGGUGUCAGUGGAAGGAAUUAUGCCCCAUUGUUGGUGUCAGUGGAUGAAGUAGUGCUCCAAGGGGCAGAUAAAAGCAAGCAAAGGGCCUCAUCUGUUGGCGUCAUUGGGAGGAAUUGUGCCCCAUCAUUGGUGUCAUUGGGAGGAAUUGUGCCCCAUCAUUAGUGUCAUUGGGAGGAAUUGGGCCCAAUUGUUGGUGUCAUUGGAUAGAACUGUGCCCCACAGUUGGUUUCAUUGGGAGAAAUUGCGCCCCAUCAUUGGUGUCAUUGGGAAGAAUUGUGCCCCAUCAUUGGUGUCAUUGGGAAGAAUUGUGCCCCAUCAUUGGUGUCAUUGGGAGGAGCUGUGCCCUUUCAUUGGUGUCAGUGGAGGGAAU